UGUUUCGAAAAACUUGGAGAGAGGCACCAGAUUCGCAAUAGUGAAAAAAGGAAAGAAAUAAUUAAUUUGAUGAAAGUCCUGAAGAGAAUCGAUUACGAGGAGCUGGGGUUCUUUGACGCAUCUAAAAUCAUCAAGAAGCAUAAGAAAGAAGCGGAUGUUUGGAUCCUGUUGUUCCUGGUUUUCGUUAACACCAUUUGCGUGAAUAUGUGUAUAGCCGUUUGUUACUCGUUUUUCUUCAAGUAUCAGGAUUUGUAUGCAGAGGAUAAUGGAAAAAUUGUUUACGCUCAAAAAUUACCAGUCAUCAUAGUAACUCCAUUCGAAAUGGUAACGAGGACGAGUUUUAUUUUGCACUUUGUUUUUGAAAUUUUACCUCUCGACAUAUACGCCUGGAUGAUCGUGGGUUUGGACGGUUUAUUCACCAGCUUGAUGAGCUGCAUUGCAGCGCAUUUCUGCGUCCUUCAAGAAGCCUUACGCACUAUCAGACCCAGAUGUUUGAAGAGAUUAUUCUUAGCAAAUAACGAAAACACCAUUUACGAUUCAAAUCAGUUGAACGCCGAGAUGUUAGAAGAAAUGAAAAAAUGCAUCCUUCAUCUGCAGAUGUUAAUAAAAUCUUCGGCGAUUUUAGAGAAGAUCUACAACAUACAGACGUGCGGUCAAGUGAUGGUUUCGCUCUUCGAAAUGUGCUUUUGCUUGUAUCUACUCACCUCAUCUUUAGAUGCGGAUGUUGGGUCAGAGUUAACUUACUUAGUAUCAACGAGUUUCGAAUUAUUGCUUUACUGCUGGUUCGGGAAUGGAGUUACAGAAGCCAGUGUUGCAAUACCUGAUGCAAUUUUCAAAGGCGAUUGGCUUUCGUCCAGUCGCGAAUUCAAGAGUUGCAUGCUGAUAACUAUGAUUAGGAUGAGACGACCGAUUUACAUGACGAUUGGAAAAUUUACACCGUUGACUUUCACCGUUUUCCUAUCAAUUGGAAGAGCGGCGUAUUCGUUCUUCACCGUGUUGAAAAGCAGCUCAUUUUAAUACGAUAUUUGCGUUUCAAAAUCACGAGAUUAUAAUUUUUUGCUAAAUAUUCGUCAGUAGCGAGUAGUUUCUUUGUUUAUUAUGUAGAUGUAAUUUGAUGCUAAUGAAGUCUGUUACCACGGAAAGAGAAAAGGCUAAGCCAGAACAAAAAUACAACGUAUCUAUCAUUAAAUACGUAUAGAACGAAAUGAAGAAUAAACUUAUGUAACUAAAACCGAUGGAAACGCGGAAAACCAGUUAUGCGAAUUAUUUAAAUGCCAAUGUGUGUGGCGUGAUACCAAUGGUACGAUUGGUUGCCAACUGACAUUAAUAAUUAAUUAAAGCAGACAUUGAAUGAGUCUAAGGGAUUUGCGCCCUUCGUCGUAGCUCUCGCCACGAACUCGCUCUUUAAACAAUGACUUUUUUAAUCUGUCCGUGCGUGAAUUCGCAGGACGACAUUUAUAUUUAGUUUAAUGAUAGCUGAUAGUAGAU